GGCCCGCGCGCGCCCUUGGCGAAGGUAAGGCGGUGGGCCGGGGCCGGGCCCGAAGCCCAAGAUGGCGGCGUACCUCACGCACCAGCAGAAGGUGCUGCGGCUCUACAAGCGGGCGAUGCGCCAGCUCGAGUCCUGGUGUAUCGACCGAGACCAGUAUCGAUUCUUUGCCUGUGUGCUGAGAGCGCGGUUCGAAGAACACAAAAAUGAGAGGGAUAUGGUGAAAGCAACAAAAAUACUGAGAGCUGCUGAGGAAGAACUUUGGGCAAAGCAGCAUCCUCAACCUUACAUCUUCCCUGAUUCUCCUGGAGGCACAGCUUAUGAGAGAUAUGAAGGUUACAAGGCUCCUGAGUGGUGCUUGGAUUUCUGGCAUCCUUCUGAGAAGGCAAUGUAUCCUGAUUAUUUCUCCAAAAGAGAGCAAUGGAAGAGGCUGCAGUUAGAAAGCUGGGAAAAAGAGGUUAAGCAGCUAGAGGAUGAAACUCCGCGUGGUGGUCCUGAGACUGAAGCCUUGCCCCCAGCUCGCAAAGAAGGGCAUCUGCCACCUCUGUGGUGGCAUUAUGUAACAAGACCCCGAGAACGGCCAGUGUAAAAGAAUCCGUGCAUGAACAAGCAAAUUACACUCGAGUAGUUUGUUCUCUACAACCAGUAGGAAUUCCAGUUAACAUGCACUAUUGUACUUAAUGCACAAUAAAACUAAAAUAAACAUGAAUAUACUUUAGAUGG